GCGCGUCUCGUCCUCUCCAGUUGUCUCUGCGAUCGGCGUUCGAGAAGAUCAAGACAUUCGUUUUUCCCUUCUUUCUAAAUUCUUAUAUCAAAUCAAAUGUACGCCAUGCUAGGUGAUGGUGCGUUAGCUCACGACGAAAAUGCUUUGGAUGCACAAGAAACGAGUACUUUUCGGUUCAGUGAAGAACCCUCUUUGGACAAAAUGUGAGCUAAAGCUGAUACAAUUCUUACGUAACGCGUGGGAAAAUGUUAGUUUUUUAAUACCAAUGUGCGAUUUACCUGACAAAAAUUAACUCUUGAUUCUUGUUAGUCGACAGAUGCAGUCAAACUUUGCAAAGGAAAGAGAUUGGGAUCAGUUUCAUCAGCCCAGGAAUCUUUUACUGGCAAUGGUACAAUAGCCCCUUGAAUACUUCAUAUAGAAACCCAUAUAGUGCACCAGUUGUACGAUGAGUUUGUUGACCAUGUGCAGCGGCGGAUCCAGAAACACCUGGCCAUAACGAAGUAUCAGCUAGUACCACUGGUUCCCACGGGGGUAUUUAGAAUUUGUUGGGGACCACUGGGACCCUGGAACCCUUAACCUAUCAGAGCUAGUAGCUGAGCUUUUGUGGCCAUAUACUAGGACAAAUCUGUCCUGGCCAGAAACAAAGGUCACUAAAAAUCUUCAACCAACUGAUCAGUUUCCUCAGCCCUGUUCUAGAAAACGCUCUGAUUUAUAUACCUUAUCCUAGAGGGUUUGAAAACCACCACUACCUUUCACAGGUUCCCCAUAUAGCCCAGAUAUGGCAGUACCCCCCCGGCACUGGUUUUCUUUCUUUUCCAGUUGGGAACAAUCCAUCAUCUUGUAAGAGCACAUAUGACCUUGCUAAAAUCAAUAAUCAGAGCCAUAAGCAGAGUGAUAUGCUCAAGGAAAUUAGUGUGGGAAGAUUCAGAACAUGUACAUUUUCUUGCUAUUCCAGUUGUAACUCCAUCAUCUUGUGAAAACUAGAUUGUUGGAGUUAGAAGCUGAGACGAAAGGAUUAACUAAUUACAAUGCUUGUUUCCACCCGUUGAGUGGUUUAGUUCUUCUGCUUAUGAUCCUGACCACCUAGUGGCCAAGUGUUGGUGAUAUGUCAAUGAUCUAAAGUAUUGGCCGACUAUCAACUGAUAGACUGUAGCAGUUGAGUGUUGCAAGCACAUCGGUGUAGAGGCGACCGAGUAUCAGCCAACAUAGCAGCCGAUAGAUCGAUUGACAGUUGACUGAGAUGUCGGCCGAUACAUCGAUCAACAGUCCCCCAAAAGAUACAUGAUCCCAAUAAUUUACCUAGCAAAACCAGUGCAAGCUUUUGAGUUCUAUUUAUGGAGCCUUGGUCAUGCUGAUAAAAAUAUAUAUUUAUUAGCGUGAGCGUGCCUUAUUGCAAUGUUAUAAUUUAUGAUAAUGAAUAAUAUUAAUGAAAAUGAUGAUGAUCUAAUCUUAAAAUGCUGUUGAGCUAAUUAAAAUGUUUCAUUCUGUAGGUUGGCGAAGUUGGAGAAGUGGCAGAGUUAUUGUAAGUACUAUAACAAGACUUUUUACUCUCUGGCUCCUUACUUAAUUUUAGUUUUUUUCUGCUGGACGGUACAGUUAUUGUGAUGAUAAAAAAAAUAACAUAAUAAGUUAUUUAUAAAAUACAUAAAAUUUACCUUGUAUUUUUGUUUUUGUCUCCUAAUUUUACAGCCAGUGGAGGAACGAUGUAAAAGAAGGAUUGCCAGGUAAAGCUCAAAACAUAUACAGUCAACUCUCUCUUAACGGACACCUCUAUAAGACAGACACCUCUACAAAACGGACACUUAGAGUUGGUCCCUGCCUUUCUUUACUCCUUUUAUUUGACUCUCUAUAAGAUGGACACCUCUCUAAGGCGGACACUUAGUGCCGGUCCCAAAGGUGUCUGUCUUAGAGAGAGUUGACUGUAUACCCUAGGGGUAGUACCUGCAGAGAUUGUUAUACCCCUGGUGUUUCUUAAAAGUACUUUUUAAAAAAUGAGCAGGAAUGUAUUUUCAGCUUGGGUUUUUAAACCUGAUAAUACAUGACUGCGAGUUUUUUAACAGCUUCAAAAUCUCUUAUAUAGAUCAACUCAUUCUUGCACUGAUAUUAAGACUUGGGGUUAUUUUGGUGUUAAAAAUUGGACAUAAAGUUUAGCCGUGUCUUUACCAGACAUAACGACACUCAUUAAACAUUUACUUCUUUUGUUUUUCUUUUUAAAUUAUUAAUGAGAUUUUGAAGGUCUCAUUAACACCAGUUCAGAGAAAUAGGAUAGGGCUUUGUCUGAGAAAGCUAAAUACAGGGCAGCUCAUUUUCUUUAGUUAUUUUGCGAUCCUGAGUGUUUCGCCAGGAACUGAACCUGGUGGGCUGGGGUAACUCUCUUAUCAUGUGGCCUAAAUGGUUACCGGUAUGUGCCGCUGAACAGGGCUAUUAUUUUUGGAUUGUUGAUGUUUAAACAGGAUGUACCAUUUCACUAUUCAGUGUGUUGAACAGGGUGUCUUUGUAGACUCUAAGCCUUGAAAAGAGUGUCAAGGUUAGCAAUGAAUGGUCUUCAUUUGUGAUUCCAAUAGUUUUUUUCAAAAAAUGUAAUUCCAUGAUUGUAUUUAAACAAUUCUGUAUGAGAAUUGGAAUGAAUCAGGGUCAUUAAAUGACUGUAAACAGGGUAGUUUGUCUAGAGGCCUUGGUGCCACACCUGUACCCAAACUUCCCUUGAUUGACCCCCCCCCCCUCUGGAAUUAAACUCGGGUUCACCGCUCCGAAGACUUGUUCUCAACCAGUCAGUGGUCCAAACAAUAAUUGAAGUGGAAUAUCAUUGUGAUGUUGUACUCUCUUUGCUAGGAGGCCAUGUAAGGUGUUGACUCGGCUUGAGUUCUACUUGUUGUAGAGCUUUCCUGUCAUUUCUGUCCUACUUGAAUGUGAAAAUAAUAUAUUAUGCUCUUUUUUCAUACAGAUUGGUCGCCCAAAGAGAAACAGCAUCUUGCUCAAGAACUCAGUGAUGUACUGGUGUACUUGGUCAGACUAGCGGAAAAGUGCCAUGUUGAUCUCCCAAAGGAAGUAGUCGCAAAGAUAGCCUUAAAUGGCAAGAAAUACCCUGCAGAUCUUGUGAAGGGAUCAAGCAAAAAAUAUACAGAAUACAAAGAAGUGAAUUCUUUAAAUCAUUGACUGCAUAAUGUCACUUCUGAGAAGUUUCUUUAAUAAUUCUCAGUCUUAAUUUAUUAUUUGUUAGUGGAAAAUCAGUAAUGGUUAGGUCUCUCUCAGAGCCACCUCAGGGAAGAGCAAAAUGCUUUAAAAUAGUAAUGUGGACAUAAAGGUUACCAGAAUCUCAAAGUAC